CGCGAUCGAAAUUUUAGGAAAUGUGUUGAAAAGUAAAUAAAUAAAAUGUAAGGGGUGAAUUGCAAUUUGCUCACAUGUUGGAAAGCGAAAGAAUUGGCUUCGUCCUUGCCUUGCCGUCUGAUCUCGUCCGCAGACGCCGACGGAGACCCAGCAACGGAUUCCACGCCUGCUCGCACCAACAGCCAAACGCCAACCUUUGAACCAUCGAUCCUUUCUCCAUUUCUCCUUCUGGUAUAAAUCCUCCUCUCCUUCCCCUUUCCUCUCCCCCUCUCGCCCAGAAGCUCCGUAUCUGACCACCCUGACGGAGGAGGAGGUGUAAGCGGCGACGCCAUGGUGAAGCUCUACGUGCACACGGUGCCUCCUCCGGAUCUGAACAAGAACACUGAGUGGUUCAUGUACCCCGGCGUCUGGACCACCUACAUAUUCAUCCUCUUCUUCUCCUGGCUCCUCGUCCUCUCCUUCUUCGGCUGCUCCGCUGGCAUGGCUUGGACCGUCGUCAAUCUCUUCCACUUCUCGGUCACAUAUUACUUCUUCCACUGGAAAAAGGGUACUCCCUUCGCCGAAGAUCAGGGUAUAUAUAAUAACUUGACCUGGUGGGAGCAGAUAGAUAAUGGCAAGCAACUAACACGUAACAGGAAAUUUUUGACUGUGGUACCUGUUGUCCUGUAUCUUAUAGCCUCACACACAACUGACUACCGACACCCAAUGCUAUUCCUGAAUACUCUUGCAGUGGCGGUAUUGGUGAUUGCUAAGUUCCCCAACAUGCACAAGGUCCGGAUCUUCGGAAUCAAUGGUUAACUGAUGCUGCAGCAUAUCAAUGAUGUCGGAUCUUAUUUGUCGAUCGCCAAUCAACUGAAGUCAUCGUUUAUGUUUGUCCACGGUACUAAAGUUGCAGCAAUGUUUUUUCUUGUGUCUCUGAUUUAGAUAUCUGUAAGGUGCUGACUGAGUUAGUCGAAUACGACCAUACCUAUGUUUCCUUGGAUAUAAAUCUUGCUCUCGAACUCAAUCAGGAUUAUGUAUCUGUUUCUAGUUUCUUUCCCUGAAGAAACGGAAAGAGAUUGAUUGAAUAAAAUGCCAAAAGCAUGCAGCUCUGUUAAAUUCUCA